AUGACGGACGAUGUGCAGAGGCAGCUGCUGCAGGCUUGGGCGAGCGAUGUUGGUCACGUUGUUGGGGUAGGUUCGCCCAAGGCUGAGUUCGCGCGCUUGGCAAAGGCGAAGGGGUGGGCUGGUGGUGAUGAGGAGUGGUGUCGGCACUGGAAGAUGUGUUUCUCAGAGGUGUAUCCAUAUGGAAACAGUUCAACAGCAACAAAAAAGACAAAGGCUUCUACUAAGACUAAGGCUACUACUACUAUUUCAUAUGCAGACGAUCUAGCAGAGGAUUUAGGCGCGCUCACGUUGUCGCGGGCAUCCUCGUACUCGGUCAUCUCAGCUUCCGACGACUCGUUGGCGGAUGUCCGGUCGCUAAACAGCGAACGCUCAGAACCCGCAAUCAUCCCCGGGAUAUCCCUCAACGCCAUCAACUCUAGAUCUCGCUGUAGUUCAAUCGACAGCAUAGUCUCGAUCAACACAGUCCUCUCAAACGCCACCGUGCAGUCCCUAGAAGAGUUCUCGGGCGCAGAAACCGGUGUCGGCUACGGCGAAGGCGUAUCCCUUUCCGCCGAAAACAACAACAGCAACAAUAGCGGCCGUGACGGCGUAGCUCAAACCCUCAACCUGUGUAUCCGCCAGAGGACACGUCGUACCUCGGAUGUUCCCGCUGCGGCAUCCGCCGCCUCACCUUCCCUACUAAACCCAGCCUGGAAUGCUUGGCCCAACUUCACCCCAGACGCCAGCGCAACCUUCAAGGCGGAAUUCAAACGCCUCGCCGCCACACAAGGUGGAGGCAGUUGUGCGAGGAUAUGGGGUUUAAAGAGGAUUUUCGCACUCAAACCCCUCAAAGUCAACCUCUACUCCGUCGUCAAUCACAAGCGUAACCCCAUCUACCCCAUCGUAACGUAUAAGACGCGCAAUGCGCUUCGCAGCUACGUUCAUUCAAGGACACCAAACACUUUACUUCACAGCUAA